GUCUUCGUCUUCCUCGCAUCGCCUCGAGGCGACGGUAAGUAGAGAUAAAGGUACGCAUGUGAGGGUCAUCGGCGCCCAACACCGCGUGAAUCACCCCAGAGAUGGUUUACUGUAGUCGCUGUGCCCGGUACUUCGUAAACGAGCAUGCGCUCGAGCAGCACCAGGACGACUCCAGUCAACACAACAUCUGCCACGACUGCGACAAGGAUUUUGCGACGUAUCAUGGAUUGAAGCAGCACUGGAUCAAUGCUCGGAGGCAUCACUAUUGCCAGGAUUGCGACGAGCACUUCGAUGACGAGGACGAGCUCGAGGCGCAUUACGAAGACUCGCAUUUCUACUGUGAGCCAUGCAACAAGUUGUUCGACUCCGCACAUGGCCUGCAUGCACACAACCGUCAGUCGCACCACUACUGCCCCGACUGCCGCCGCCUCUUCCAGAACGCGAACAAUCUCCAGCACCACCUCCGCUCGACCCUGCACGCAGGCUCGACUGUGCCCUGCCCGGGCAAGAAGUGCAAGAAGAUAUUCGUUAGCGGCGCCGCGCUCAUCCUCCACCUCGAGUCCGGCACCUGCCCCUCCCGCAUCACCCGCGAGCAGGUCAACCGCGUCGCUGCCAAAUACGACAAGCAGCACGUCAUCACGAACCCCGCACGCAUGAUCGCGUACGGCGAGAGCGGCGCAGGGCAGUCGGUCACGACGUGGGCGACGGAGCGCGCCUGGAACGGGGACCGCUACGAGUGCUUCCUGUGCCACCGCGAGUAUCGCACGCUCGCGGCGCUCAACCAGCACCUCGCGAGUCCCGCCCACGAGGAGAAGAUGUACCGCUGCCCCCGCGGCUACUCGGGCUGCGGCGCGGACGAGCAGUGCAACAUCCGCAGGUUCAACAGCAAGGUGCAGGACUAUCUCGGCGACCUGACGAGCAACAUGAAGCGGCUCCGCCUCUGAGCGAACACGCGCUCGAGAUCGCCUGUCCUGGCAGUGUCUCGCCGUCCUGGUGGUGCUCACCCUUGUACGAUACGAUCCGCAUGCGGCGAUUGGUUCGGGUGCUCCUCCAGUCGCCUGUCUCUGAGCAGCCAUCUGGAAGAGCACUCGACAAUCGUGUUUCUUAUCCGUCAUUCUGCUUGUCUCCCUCGCGUUACAACUUCGCCGUAUAAGCAUGUAGCUGUUCUUGAAGCUUGACCUCUCGAGCAUCCCAUGGACUGAUCUGAUCGACUAUGCUUGCGCAACGGACGUAUUGCAGAAUCAAGCUCUUGUUCUAUUACCAUGCACUAUACUCUGUUCUUAAGUCAUACAUACAUCAAUGGAGAAUACAGCACUCGCCUUGAAUUGUCGUCGCAAGUCGACGUCAACUAUACAGGGUACAGCUCCAGCCUGAC